AUGGACAUCAAAGAAGAACAAGAGUCUCGAGUUAUGAGAACAACCGAACCUCAACUUCAUGAUUCUGUUAUAGCAAGAACAGGAACGUUGUGGACCGCCGUGGCACAUAUUAUAACGGGAGUGGUCGGAGCAGGAGUGUUGUCGUUGGCUUGGGCCAUGUCGGAGCUCGGUUGGAUUGCUGGUCCAGUCGCCAUUAUAGGCUUCGCUGGAGCCUCACUUAUCUCUGCUUUUCUCCUCUCCGAUUGCUACCGUUUUCCUGAUCCCGACAAUGGUCCGCUCCGGCUUAAUUCUUACACUCAAGCCGUUGAAUUGUAUUUAGGGAAGAAGAAUCAUAUUGUAUGUGGGGUCUUUCUAUACACUAGCCUUGUUGGUUGUGGGAUUGCUUAUACCGUUGUAACAGCUACUUGCAUUAGAGCAAUUCUGAAAUCAAAUUGUUACCAUAGAGAAGGACACAAUGCAACAUGUUCUUAUGGAGACAACAACAACUACUUCAUGCUUUUGUUUGGUUUAAUUCAGAUCUUUAUUUCACAAAUACCUAAUUUCCACAACAUGUUAUGGCUCUCUCUUGUCGCUGCGAUUAUGUCUUUUGCUUACUGCUCCAUUGGCAUCGGCCUCGCCAUUGACGAAAUCAUAGAAAACCGGCAAAUUCAGGGAAGUAAAACGGGAAGUCCAGCAGAAAACAGAGGUGCAAAAGUAUGGUUAGUGUUCCAAGCUCUUGGGAACAUUGCCUUUUCUUAUCCUUUCUCAGUCAUACUUCUUGAGAUUCAGGACACAUUGAGAUCUCCACCGGCAGAGAAGCAAACGAUGAAGAAAGCCUCUAUGGCUGCAAUAUUUAUCCAAACGGUCUUCUUCCUUUGUUGCGGAUGUUUCGGGUACGCGGCAUUUGGAGAUGCCACCCCGGGAAAUCUCUUGACCGGUUUUGGAUUCUAUGAGCCAUUUUGGCUCAUUGAUUUUGCCAACGCUUGCAUUGUUCUUCAUUUAGUUGGUGCAUAUCAGGUCUAUAGUCUGCCGAUUUUCGCGGCUAUGGAGAGAUGGCUAACCGAGAAAUACCCACAAAACAACUUCAUCACAAGUUUUUACGGAUUGAAAUCGCCAUGGUUACGUGGAGGAUCAGUAAGAUUGAAUCCAAUGAGGAUGUGUCUAAGAACGAUAUAUGUGGCGAUGAUAACUGGAGUGGCCAUAGUGUUUCCAUAUUUCAAUGAAGUACUCGGAGUAGUGGGGGCACUUGGGUUUUGGCCUUUCGCUGUGUAUUUUCCUGUGGAGAUGUGUAUAUUGCAGAAGAAGAUCCAAGUUUGGACGCGACCAUGGCUUCUUCUUAGGGGUUUCAGCUUUGUUUGCUUGCUCGUGUCUCUUUUGUCUUUUGUUGGAUCUAUUCAUGGACUUUUCGGAGCAAAAUUCGGAUGA